UUCAUAGUUCAGUUCUAAACAAACUUUGUACCAGAUGAGAGUAUUGUUGAUAGAAUACAAUGGCUCUUAGAUGGGGUAUUGCUGGUGCUGGAAGAAUUUCUCAUGAUUUUGUUACCGCAACCCAGACUUAUCCUGACUCCGAUCAUAAAUUUGUGGCAGUGGCUGCUAGGUCGCAAAGUAGUGCUGAUAAGUUUGCCAAGGAUCAUGGCAUACCUAGAUCGUACGAAGGGUAUGAAGGGUUAGCCCUCGAUAAAGAUGUUGAUAUUGUCUACGUGGGAAAUCUCAACACUCAACACUUUGAGACUACAAAAUUAAUGCUGGAUCACGGCAAACACGUGCUUUGUGAGAAACCAUUCACCAUGAAUGAGAAGCAAACCAAAAAAUUAUACAAAAUAUCCAAGGAGAAGAAUUUAUUCCUCAUGGAGGCAGUAUGGUCUAGAUGUUUUCCUGCUUAUUUGGAGGUGAGAAGAAUGAUAGACGCCGGUGAGAUCGGUGAUGUCAUGUUCGCUUCCGUCAAUUUCGGACAUGCAUUGCAGCAUGUUGACAGAUUAACAUCAAAAGAACUGGGUGGAGGUGCAAUUUUAGAUUUGGGGGUGUACAUCCUUCAGUUUCAACAAUUCGUUUUUAGAGGACUGAAGCCAAUCAAAAUAUCUGUGAAUGGUCAUUUGAACAGAUGCGGUACAGACGAAUCUUGUGGGGCUGUCAUAACAUAUCCAGGAGGCAAAAUGGCCGUCGUUAGCACUUCAGCAAGAAUUGCUCUUCCCAAUGAGGGAAUUAUCGUAGGAACCAAAGGUACUCUUCGUUUGCCUCUAUUCUGGUGCCCCACCCAGUUGGUAACACCUAACGGAGAAAAGGAGUUUCCUCUACCCCAAUCUCCAGGGCCUUUUUUGCAUCGAAAUAGUGCUGGGUUGUGUUAUCAAGCGGAAGAAGCUAGAUUGUGCAUCAAAGCAGGAAAAAUUGAAAAU